CAAGUUCUACCUUACAAAAGAAAAAAAACAAUAACAGUCGACUUGCAGUGAGUUCUAUAGAUAAUAUCAACUCUACACCAACAAUUUCCACACUGCCAAAAGCGUCGCCACUACAAUUUCAAAUAUCUGAAGAACUUAGUGUUGAAAUAAAAGAAGCAUUUGACUUAUUUGAUAUAGAUAAAGAUGGGGCUUUAGAUUGUCAUGAAUUAAAGAUAGCUAUGCGUGCUUUAGGAUUUAAUGAAAGCAAGGCCGAAGUUCUCGAAAUUAUACGUCAAUAUGAUAAAAAUAAUGAAGGAGUCAUUUCAUUUGAGGAUUUUAAUAAAGUUAUGUCGGAAAAAAUAUUAAAUCGAUCACCCUUAGAUGAGAUUCGUAGGGCAUUCCAGCUUUUUGAUGAUGAUAAUACAGGAAGGAUUUC